GGUAGGCCGUCCUACUCCAAUCUUGGAUCGGUCUUCCAAUAGCCAAAGGUGAGGGAAGAGACUAUAAAGUCUUUUCUGGUUGAAACGUGAAGAGAAAGAGAUUAGAAUUGAAUUUUUUAGUUCUAGAAGGAACAACGUGCAGCGGUGUCGACAUGCCCAGGAACCGACGCCUAACCUAACGUCGCAUAAGUACAAACCAACAAGAUGACGGCAACAACUACAGUUUCGCUUGCUCCUUGUGUGUUCCCGCGUUUUUUCAGUGGUGGGUCCAGUGCGUCGACUUCAACCGUCAUCAGAACGACCGGAUUUCAACAUGUCUGUUGCACUACGCGAACUGGCUCAACAGAGGUGCAUGGCCAACAGAUACCGAUACGCCGUGGCUACAAGAGUUUCAGUCAGCCUCAGAAGAGUCCAACGCCGCGGUGGGUAAAACGAUUGUUGUUGUUGUCCGAGAAGCAUAGGUCGCCUAGCCGCACGAGAAUCGACGUUUUCUCGGACGAUCCCUCGAAGGGGCCGCAAGCGCUGAACCGACAAAACGACCUCUACAAAGUGUUGCGCGAUGAUCCCUCUUUAGCAACGUCGCAGCGCCACACAGUGCUACAGUCCGUGUUCGGCAGCACAGUCACACCUGUGCCGCCAGAUGAACAGUUGCGACGCGGUUUAGCUCUUGGUGCGGGCACCAGAGCUUUGGGUGCGGGAACUGCUGCAAAUGACGGAGAUGUGAAAGCUUUAACAUCGUCUGGAGUGGGUCGCAAAUCAAAAUCGCUGAGUAGAACGAACGAUCAUGGGCCUCAUGUCGUCUCGAAAACGUCAACAAAUCAAAAGUCUGAUGACCGCGACGAUACGUCUCAAACUCAAGGUCAUCCUCGAGGAGCGAGAGUGACCGAGAGGAUGCGCCAGCAGUUUCUAGUGCGCACACCGACGCACGACGUUUGGACUGCUGAGGAGUGCGCGACCUGGGAUGUCAAGCCGUCGCGUCCGAUACUGGGAUCAGCCAGGACCGGAUUGAUAGGUUAUAAGAUUAUGGUGCACUGUAAUAUUAAUUAUACUGCGUAGUGGAUCUGGUGCGUUAAAUUGAUAUACUUAUAGAUAUUUGCUAGUCUAUCUCGUGUGAGAGUUAGCGUUUGGGCCCUUAACUACUUUGCUGCUCCAAUACGUUCCGGCGUAAAAACAAACGGGAGAGCUUUGCAGACGCUUCCGGCUCGCGAUAUAUUUGAUUAGUUAUCGCGCGGUCUGGCUAUCAUACUACUGGCACUGGCAAGGCUAUGCCUUGUCCUUAAUCAGUCAAAAAUCUAGUCCAUUCACAAUUAAUAUACGGCUCCUUUUAGGUAGUUUGUGUCUAAGUUUAGCUCCAACUAUGUAUAACUACAUGGAGCGAAGACAUAACAUUUAGGAGGAGCACGUGGGGAUGAGCAGCACCUGCAGCGUGUCGUAUUUGAAUCCUGUUUUACUGCUCCUGUAAUCAAUAAUGACACGCAGCCCAUCAAGGACAAUAAAGUUUUUUAUAACGAGUAGAAUCCCAAUUCCGUGGUCGCUGAGGCUCGGGAAGCAGGGUGCACUUCUAAUCAAAUGGGCAUGAUGUGCCUUUACGACGAUUGGGGUCAACGACAUACCAUCACAGUUAUCAAAGUCGAUCGUGCUCGAGUGUGUGCCUCGAAAACGAUUCAAAGUCAUGGUUAUGACUUCCGGACAUCCGUCUCGUCCACAAGCAUCUACUUGGACCUCUCCCUCUCGUGUAAGGGGGAAUAAACGGUAACGGGUACAAGAUGACUUUCGAGAUGGAUUCCCGGAAGCAAGGUCUAACAUGGAUAUUCCGCUGUGCAGAUAGGGAUAGGGUAUAAACCCGUCGAAAGACAACGCAAGAGCGAACUUGGACACUUCAUGAAAGCCGGCGUCGGUCCGAAAGACGUCUUGCAUGUAGAAUUUUGAUACCAAGAUUGAUGUGUUUUCAUGUAUUUGGUAUCCAGCUACUGAUACUUUUCAAUGAAGUUAUCUGACUCCCCCCUACUUUAGAAGUUUACGAGAUGGAGAAACCGAAGAUAACGUGAGUAAUUCAUCUCACAAGAAAAUUUCUAAACCUACCACAGGAAUUUCGAGUGUCUCCGGAUUGCGUCCUACCUGUAGGCCACCGAUUGUCUGUACGACACUUUGUCCCUGGGCAUUAAGACGGGAAUCAUUCCUUGCUCAUAUUUGUAAGCUCUAUUCGAUAAGACGCCGAACCUCGAAGACGCCCCAGUCUGCAUAGAUUCUUGUGCGAGAUUUAUUGUAUUGUAUUGACAAAUGACAUUCCAAGAAGAAAUCGCGUGUCAAGUGUGUACUUCUAGUAGGGCAAAGAAAAGUAUGAGCUCUUGUUUCAACAAGAACGACCUCGUCUAAGGGUGGUGGUGUUUUCUCAGCGGCAUGUCGCAAGCCAGGGGUUGGCAGGGCGUGAUGCGACGAUGGGGCUUCGCUGGAGGACGCAGAGCCAAUGCGGAGAAGCAGCAUCGUGCACCGGGUAGCAUUGGAGUGAAGUUAGGACCUCAUAUUUGUAAUUCAUUUCAUCCAAGUCUCCACAGUAGUGUACGAGCAUCUUCUAGGACUAGGACUAGGAGGUACUUAUCUUCAAGAACAUUUUAGUGUAGAUGUAUGACACAGACGUUCCUCCGGUGUCCUCUGAACGUGUUGUAAGUAUGUAUGACUGCAAGACAAGAGUUGUGCGCCGUGCAUGCCAUUGUCUUCUGUUUCCUUUUUCUUGGAGGUCUGAAGCAAUGGACUCCUGAAGAAACAGAUGUUGUCGACACUGCAAGUAAGAGGUGUCAUCUGAUUGUUCUUAAAGGAAUGCAACAUUUGGAGCUCUAAUGAAGGGUGACUGCAAUGUUUGGAGCGGCAAAAAGAUGGCCGGGCACAUGGGACCUGAUCCGCGUUGCAUGAAUGUCAAAAUAUUUCGGAUAGACGCGAGGUAGUGAUCAUAAAGUUGUUGGUUUCUGACAGAUUAUUUAGCGUUUGAGAAACUACAAAUCUGAUUGAUGGUCAUUUUCAUUAGGACAAAAUAGAGAUUGUGGCUUGUAGGAGGCAAAUCAACAUUAUCAUUCGCGUUUUUACCAUAAAAAUCCUCAGGCGCGACCUUCUUUUUCUACGUGCCACCGUGCCUGGGCGCAAAGGGGCGGUGGUGAAGAUUUCCGACGGGCGGGCAAAGACUGGCCUGAAGAACGCACACAUUAAAUUACCCUACCCGACUUUCUGUCCUGAACCUGGUGUACGAUACCCCUGCGUGAUGGACCAGCCGGUGAAGCAGUACGAUCCAUUUCUAUAUCCAGAUAUACCAUUUUACCAACCAGACGAUUAAGCAAGCACUGCGAAGGCAUUUUACUACCUCGGAUGGAAAAAUUUUUGGCGCAGAAGUAUCAAUGUUUAUGCAUAAUUAUUACGUGUUGAGAUAUUAUCAAUGAGGGGAAGGGGUUGUUAUAGUGGUAGGGACGACUCACCCUGCUGAACAGGGAGUCGUGACUUCUUCGCAGUUAUGAUUAUUAUGUUGCAGGAGCGACCACACACAUAAUGAAUGAGUUGCAUGAGAGGGAACUGCAGGCUACCACUGAUUGACACCUGAGGACGAAGAUAAAUUAGUCUGGAAGCACCACAUGAAUAUAACAAAAAUGGAUCUUUUCAUGAUAUAAUCAAUCUUCUCUGCGGGAAACAGGUGGAUGUGAU